GCACAGAGAACUUGCACUUGGUAUUCUCCUACUCUGUCUGGGUGCUGAGAGAUUUUCCCGAAGAUGGACUGAAGAUAUUUACAGAAGAUCUCCCAGAAGUGGAGGCUUUGCCACGAGUCAAAGUGCUCAGUUUCCUGAUAGAAAACUUCAAAAGCUUGACUAUUCCUUAUCUGGAACACAUCAUUCAUGUCUGGGAAGAAACUGGUGCAGAAUUUCACAACUGUCUGAUUCAACUGUACUGUGAGAAAGUGCAAGGCUUAAUGAAAGAAUAUCUCAAUUAUUUCCCUGCAGAUAAAUCUCCAGUGCCUGCUGGGGAGGAAGGAGGAGACUUGGGGGAUUACCGUAAAAAGCUUCUGCUUUUCCUGGAGAAGUCUAGUUGGUAUGAACCUAGUCGACUGAUUAGUGACUUCCCAUUUGAUGGUCUCCUAGAAGAACGUGCUCUGCUCUUGGGUCGUAUGGGGAAGCAUGAGCAAGCUCUGUUUAUUUAUGUUCAUAUUUUGAAGGACACCAACAUGGCUGAAAACUACUGCCAUAAACAUUAUGACAGAGACAAAGAUGGCAACAAAGAUGUCUAUCUGUCACUGCUGCGGAUGUAUCUGUCCCCGCCUAGUGUUCAUUGCCUGGGACCAAUCAAGAUGGAAGUCCUGGAGCCUCAAGCCAAUCUGCAGGCUGCUCUGCAGGUUUUGGAACUGCAUCACAGCAAACUGGAUACCACCAAGGCAAUAAACCUACUCCCAGCAAAUACACAGAUUAGUGAGAUUCGAAUCUUCUUAGAGAAAGUCCUUGAAGAAAACGCUCAGAAGAAAAGAUUUAAUCAAGUACUCAAGAAUCUUCUCCAUGCAGAGUUUCUGAGGGUCCAGGAGGAGCGAAUCUUGCAUCAGCAAGUGAAGUGCAUUAUUACAGAGGAGAAGGUGUGCACUGUAUGUAAAAAGAAGAUAGGUAACAG